GAAAGCAAAAGAAAGCCAGCAAGCCAGCAAGCAAGCAAGCAAAGAAGAAACUGUAUAAAAGAUAUUCAACUAAAGAAACUCACACGCACAGAGAGAGAGACAGAGAGAGAGAGAGAGAGAUAGAGAGAGUCCGACCUCAAGCCCCGACUAUCGCCGCACUGUUCGUUUCCAGAGAAAAUAAUUUAAAAAAGAAUGAGAGAGAGAUAAAAAGAGGAAAAAAGCAGAGAUUUUUAUGGUUGGAAUUGGAAGCUCUGAAUUCAAAGCAUUUUAUAAUCACGAAUUUGAAUUCUGUUUGGCUUGGUGAAGCAGAAGAGUGCUGAAACUGCACGUAGAUUGCUGUUUUCAUUUCUGGGAUUAGAGAUUCGCCGAAUUCAAAGUUGUAGCGAGUGUUCAGAAUUUUCCACGGCUGAAUUGUUGGUAAAAGUAUUUUCUUUGGCAAAUCGGCGCCGGAAUUUUCCCGAGAAAAUUUUAAACACUUUUCCAGUGUUUCCUUUUGGAAUCAAAGCUUGCGUUGCUCGAGACAUCGAUAAUAGAAAGAGAAAGUGAAUGCGCCUCCGAUCUUCUUUCGGAGGCAUAAAUCUCCUUCCAAACUACUCAGCUUUUCUGUACGAGACAGAUCUACGAAGCUCUCCAAAGAAUUCCAGUCUCCGACCCCCACAAUUUACUCUCAAGCUCUAAGUUCCCAUUAAAAUUCAACGCUCUCAGAGUCGUUAGAACGAAGAAUCACAGAAACCAGUCAGAAUUUUGUUUCCGGCGGAUAUUAUUUCCGAAAUCUGGUAGAUAAAGAACAACAAAAAUUCACAGAAAAAUAGCAUCUGAGUGUUUAUGGAGCUUCCUCAACCCCGUCCCUAUGAAACCGAAGGAAGAAAACCGACGCAUGACUUUCUGUCACUGUACAGUCAUUCAACUGCCCAACAAGAUCCAAGAACACCUUCUCAAGGAGGAGGUUAUCUCAAAACUCAAGAUUUUCUACAACCACUUGAACGCAUAGGAAAAGGUGCCUGUGCUAAAGAAGAAGCUGCUUCUGUUGAGAUAUCAACAGCUGAAAAGCCACCACCUCCAGCAGCACCUCCUUCCUUUGCGCACCUUCUCCCCGGUGGGAUUGGGACUUACAGUAUAAGUCACAUUUCCUAUUUCAAUCAAAAGGUUCCGAAGCCGGAGGCCGGGAAUGUAUUUACAGUCGCUCAAACAAGUAGUAAUGACAGAAAUGAUGGAAACUCAAACUGCAGUUCUUAUUCCGGAAGUGGAUUCACUUUGUGGGAUGAAUCUGCGGUGAAAAAGGGAGAGACAGGGAAGGAGAAUAUGGGAGAAAGACCAGGUGUUGGAGAGCCAGCGGCGAGAGUCGGACAAUGGGCGUCGUCAGAACGGCCGUCAGUGUCAUCUUCCAGCAACCAUCGCAAGAGCUUUGGCUCUUUCUCUUCAUCCCAGCAAUCGCUACAGAGGAAUCAAAGCUUCAUGGAGAUGAUAAAGUCCGCAAAGGGUAGCAACCAGGAAGACGAACUUGACGAAGAGGAAGAGCUUGUUCUGAAGAAAGAGCUUUCAACAACUACCCACAAAGGCGAACUUAGGGUAAAAAUUGAUGGUAAGAACUCUGACCAGAAGGCUAACACGCCGCGGUCUAAGCAUUCUGCAACAGAGCAGCGUAGAAGAAGCAAGAUAAAUGACCGAUUUCAGAUGCUGAGAGAACUGAUUCCUCAUAGUGACCAGAAGAGAGAUAAGGCGUCAUUCUUGUUAGAGGUUAUCGAGUACAUUCAGUUUUUACAGGAGAAAGCACAUAAAUAUGAGGGGUCAUAUCAAGGGUGGAACAAUGAAUCAACAAAACUAACGCCUUGGAGGAGCAAUUACAGGCUUGGGGAAAGUUUUGAUCAAUCUCGAGGCAUCAAGGGUGGGUCUGAUCCUGCAGUAGUGUUCGCCACAAAGUUUGAUGAGAAAAAUAUCUGUGUUUCUCCAACAAUACCUGGGGGUGCACAAAAUCCAGUAGAAUCUGAUACAAGUACUGUCACUACCUUCAAAGCAUUGGAUCACCACAGUAGCAUGACAAAUAAGGCAAUGCCCUUCCCUAUGUUACUGCAGCAAAAUUUAUUCCCACCUGUCAGGAGUGGAGGUGCAGUACCUCAAGUUCAUCCUAGAUUGGCGUCUGAUGUGGAAAAUAUAUCAUCUCAGCCUCAAUCCCAGUUGUGUCAGACAAGAUCAUGCACUACUAUGGAUGGUGCAGUUGCUAAUGAUAAGCUAAAAGAACAGGAGCUAACUAUUGAAGGUGGUACUAUUAACAUCUCAAGUGCAUAUUCUCAAGGGUUGUUAAAUACUUUGACACAAGCACUGCACAAUUCUGGUGUGGAUUUGUCACAGGCCAGCAUCUCAGUGCAAAUUGAGCUUGGGAAGCGAGCAAGUAGUAAAACGGUUGUGGCAACAUCCACUAUUAAGGAUAAUGAUAUUCCUUCGAGCAACCAAGGGAAAAGGCAUUCUGGAGUUGAAAAUGGUGAAGAUUCUCACCAGUCCCUAAAGAAGCUCAAGACAGGCAAAAACUAAUAUGACAAGUUCGGUUGUCUUACUUAAUAAACUAUAUUUAAUUCAUUUUUUGGUGGAGGCCCCUGGGGGGUUUAUUCAUGUCUUUUGCUGGUCCAUAAGCUCACCCGGUUGAGACAGAGAUUGAGUGUACAUUUAGUGUCUCAGUUAGUAUGUUGAAAUAUCUAGAAAUCUCUCAACAAAGUAUUGUAUUGUUUUUGUUUUGGUUUUGACAACAUCAUAGAGGCUUCCAUACUGAUGCUUAGAAGCUGCUUUUUGAGUUCAAGCUUCAAUUCAUGUAAAGUUCUUUCGAACCAUUAUUAAUUUCCUUUAUUUUUAUUCCCAUGGAAUAAGAUAUCUACCAUGGGAAGACAA